AUGGGAGGUUCCUUUAAGAAGAUUGUAUAUGGAAUGUUCAAGUAUGUCAGAGAAAUUGAUAGAUAUGGCAAACCAAUACCACUGCAUUAUAGAGGAGAUGAUAAGUUCAAGACUUAUAUUGGAGGUUCUGUUACUAUCCUGGUACACUUAGCGUUAUUAAGUUAUGCUUCCUACCUUUUGGCUGUUAUGUUCAGAAGAGAAGAUGUCAUUUACAACACAAGUCGUGUUGUAAGGGAUCUUAAUCAAGAUUUAAGUGACCAUAAGCCAGCCCAGCAUGGCUUUGCCAUAGGCAUCGGGUUUAGGUGGAAUAAUAUCAGCUUAUUAGAUGAAGAAUUUUUGAAAAUGUACAGAAUCAAGGCUUAUCAAUUCUCUGCAAUUCUCCAGCCUAGUGGUUGGAAAGAGACAGAGGAGGAACUUGAGUUGGUAAAGUGCAAGGAUCAUUUUCCAUAUUAUAACCAAACUCAACUGAAACGAUUCAGGAUCAAUAACUUCGUGUGAAUAAAGACUAAGGAUUAUUCUUUAGUUGGAAACUUAAUCACAGACGUCUCAAAAACACUGAAAAUAAAAAUUGGGAAAUGAUCAACAAGUGAAAGAACAGACUGAGAUACUUCCUCCUACCCUGACAGUUAUAUCUUCUCUCAGUACCUCGAAGUGGCUAUGAUCAAUAGCUAUUUCGAUGUGAAAAGUUUCAAUGACCCUAUUAAAACCUAUCUAACCCAGGAAUAUUACUAUACCUACCAAGCGAACAGCAAGUUGGAGACUAAUUUCUACUUGAAGGAAAAUAACGUGAAGGCUCUUGAUGACUAUACCCUCAUUGAUGGCACUAAUAAAGAGAAAUUUUACACUGUUUCUAAAGAAAAGACUGAUAGAUACACUUAUACUUCUGAUAAUUAUGCAGAGAUUGAGUUCCAUUUGGACCCAGAGACAGAGGUAUACAUCAGAAAUGUCUUCACGUUUAUGGACAUGCUAGCGAAUAUAGGAGGAAUCUUUAGCCUCCUAAACUCCUUUGCAAUGCUGAUCGUUGGAUUCUAUGGAGAGAAGAUGCUCAAAAAUUCGAUUAUAGCAAAAUGAUAUACUUUAGAUAAGAGUGAGCUUUCUCAAGAGGACUUUUGCCAAGAUGGUCUUGAUGAUUUUAAAUCUGGAAAUGACCAUAUUCCAGAGGAAAAUAAUAAUGUUGAAAAUCAAAAUUUCCCUCAAGAUAAUUUUAUUGAUGAAGAGAAAGAAAACAAGAAAGAAGAAAGCGAAGACUUUGAAGGAGGCUCCAGAGAAGGUUCCAAAGAAGAAGAGAAAGAGCAUCAAAAUUCAAGAAAUUUUUAACACUAAUUAUGACAAUGAAUUGUUAAGAAAGCUGAACAACAAGAGAAGAUAUAAUUACUCACAUCUAGAUAUGAUCUAUAACUCCUUCUGCUUGUUCAAACGCAGGAAAUGGUGCAGAAAGAAGUACAUAAAUUCCCAAAUUUGCAACAAAGGGUUUGAGAAGUAUUCGUUAGACACAGAUAUUUGAAACAUCAUAUCUGUUUGCCACCAAUCCAAACUUCUCAUCGAGUGGCUUCUAGAUGAGAGGCAGAUCUUUUUGUCAAAGUUUGGCAACAAAAGUUCGCUGAGUUAUAUUGAUGAGGAUCUCAGGAAUCCUCUUAAAGAUAUUAUCAAAUACAAAUGCAAGAAUUUUUAUGAGAGAGAAGAACAAUUUAUUCAUAAGAACGAAGAAUUUGUAAAGAAGAUCAGCAUGGAAGGAGUAAGAGACUUCGACCAAUUCCUGAUCAACCAAAUCGAGCCUUCCCCUUCACCAAAAUAUCACCACCACUCUCCACCAACGGAUACCAUACCCAAAGCUAUCCCAGCCACCUCCAAAGGUGGAAAGAGGAGUACAACUCCUUUCCAGACUACUCAUUCUAAUGAUAAACAAGAGAAAAUGAAUGAUAAUAAGAUUAAAAGAACUUUACCAAAACCCAACUACAGAACUGAUGAAGAAUUGAAGAGAGAGCAUCUGAAACGAGAAGAAAACAUUGAUUCAUGCGACUUAAAUGAUAUUGGUAUUGAGUUUAACAAUCAGAAAUCUAUGAUAGAAAAGUACAAAAGAGAAAUUUCAGGAACUACGAUGCAUCAAUUAAACAAAAAUUCCAACCCUUACAAAGCAAAGAUUGGUAACGAAAAGCCGACUUAGCUGCAAUUCUGGAUUAGUG